GGAACUUCUUCUGUAUCAAGAAAAGGAGAUGCGCAGAAUGUGACGGACUGACGGUGGGAACUGGGAAUGGCGAGCUGAUGUUCUGCUUUGAACUUUAUAUGGGAUCUUCUGCCCAGGGCAGAAACGCAUUUUAACAAACAAAUAUAGCAUCUAGGUCGAGUAGGUGAUUAGCAUUUUGUAAUACCUAUAUGAAACAAAGCAUAGUCCUAGUCGAGUCAACUGGUGGGAGAAUAAGCCCCACAGCAUGCCCACUUCAGAGUAUCUGGGUUUUGUUUGGACCCCAUUUGGGUUCGCAGUCUGGACUCUGGAGAGUACUGAAACCUCCGGUUGCAAGGUUGGAUCUGAGAAUGUUAAGCAGGAUUGGAAUGCGAAUGCCCCAAGUUCGAUACUAGUACUAGAAUAAAAUAAAAUCGCUUCAGGCUUUUCGCCGUCUUCAGGCUUACACGGCCGCAUCGCAGACCAUGUUCCUGCGCAUCUGCCGCCGCCGUCCUCCCUGCCCCUCGUCCAUUACCAUUACCAGCAGCAGCAGCAGCAGCUUCCUCCUGCUUGGCGUCCUCUGCCGCUCCCUCGGAACGACCCUGAACCCUUCCGAGCCCGGCAGCAACGACGUUUGCCCGUCGUCGAAAGACGCCUACUUCGCGGCCGUCCACCACAUCGCGAACAUCGUGCGGCGCGACUUCUACCUGGAGCGCACGCUGAACCGCCUGCGGCUGCCGCCUCCGACCCCGGAGUUCGUGCUCCGUGCGGUGACCCGGCCGUCCUUCUCCCCCUCCCCGGCCCACUUCUCUGCCCUCCUCCUCCCGCUCUCCUCCCGCGCGGACCUCCUCCCCCACCUCUGGGCCCUCGCCGCCCUCAUGCGCUCCCUCUCCCUCCCCCUCCCGCCGCUCCCCUUCGCCGCCGCCAUCGAGUCCUACGGCCGCGCCGGCCUCCCCGACCCCGCCGUCGCCCUCUUCAACCGCCUCCCCCGCUUCGGCUGCCCCCACUCCGCCCUCCUCUACAACGCCCUCCUCUCCGCCCUCUGCGCCAACCGCCUCUUCCAAGCCGCCUACGCCCUCGUCCGCCGCAUGGCCCGCCGCCGCGUCCCCCCCGACCGCCGCACCUUCUCCCUCCUCGUCGACGCCUGGUGCGCCGCCGGCAAGCUCCGCGAGGCCCAGCUCUUCCUCGACGAGAUGGGCCGCCUCGGCUUCCGCCCCCCCGUCCGCGGCCGCGACCUCCUCAUCGACGGCCUCGUCCGCGCCGGCCACCUCCAGUCCGCCAAGUCCAUCGUCCGCCGCAUGACCAAGGAGGGCCUCCUCCCCGACGUCGCCACCUUCGACUCCCUCCUCCAAGCCCUCUGCGACGCCCAAGACUCCCAAUUCGCCGCCGCCCUCCUCCGCGACGCCGCCGGCCGCGGCCUCUGCCCCGACCUCUCCACCUACAAGAUCCUCAUCCCCGCCGUCGCCAAGGCCGGCCGCCUCGACGAGGCCUUCCGCCUCUUCUACGCCGCCGUCGACGACGGCCACCGCCCCUUCCCCAGCCUCUACGCCGCCAUCGUCAAGGCGCUCUGCAAGGCCGGCCGGUUCCCCGACGCGUUCGCCUUCUUCAACGACGUGAAGGCGACGGGGCACCCGCCCAACCGCCCCGUCUACACCAUGCUGGUGAAGAUGUGCGUGCGGGGCGGGCGCUUCGUGGACGCGGCCAACUACCUGGUGGAGAUGACGGAGAUGGGCUUGGUGCCGAGGGCCCAGAGCUUCGACGCCGUCGUGGACGGUUUGAAGCACUGCGGGAAGCACGACCUCGCGAAGAGGAUGGAGCAGCUGGAGGUCUCGCUCAUGGGCAACUGAAUUGAAUUGAAUUGAAUCGAAUCGAAUCGAAUCAAAUCGAAUUGUUGUUACUGGACGCUCUCAUUGUGGCUUGUAUGCUGCUGUUUCUUGAUACCGGAUUCGUGCGCAAUCACGCAGUAGUAGAGGCCGGGAGAGGCACCGGUGCUUCUAUGUUCAGCUCAAGACAAAGGGAGAAAUUCUUGGGAUCAUAUAGUACCUGGAGUAGUGCGAGCAAACGCCAACCUUCGAGCCACAACCUUGUGACAUUCCCAUGUCGAAGAACGAUGUCUUGUCAUAUAUUAUCUAAAGAGCAAAGGAGGACUUCCUCACUGACUUCGGGAGAGAAAAAGUUACUAGCACACCAUUUUUUUUCUUUUAUUUUUUUUUUUUUAUAUAUUUUGGUUUCCGAUUCUUUUGCGUUUUCUUGUCAGUGUUUGAUAAUCUAUGUAAUGCGGUUGAUGCUCUGUAAAUACCUACAAGAUCACCUUCUUCUGUUGUUUUCUUUGUUUUCCCUUUCAUUGUGUCAAGAAAUGAAACUUUCCUGUGCUUAUCGCUUUACCUAUCGGAAGAUACAUCAAUAUAUCUGUUGUACUUGAAAUGUGA